AUGUCAAAACAGAAGUCGGACCAAACUCCUGAUGAUGUGGAAAUUCCAGUGGAAAAAAAAGAGUUUAUGGAUGAGUUCUUUGCUCAGUUUGAAGAAAUCCGCACCAGUAUAGACAAGAUUGAUGAAAAUAUAGGCGAGAUAAAGCGACUGUAUUCCGUCAUCCUCUCUGCACCGACAUCAGACCAGAAGACACAGGAUGAAUUGGAGGCAGUUACGAAUGAGAUAAAGAAAUUGGCCAACAAUGCUCGCAACAAACUCAAAAGCAUUGAGCAGAUUUUGGCAUCUAACACCGAGGAGAGGGUUUCAGCAGAUAUGCGGAUAAAGAAAUCUCAGCAUGCCAUUCUUGCUAAGAAGUUUGUAGAGUUGAUGACCAAAUAUAAUGAAGCCCAAGUGGAGUUUAGAGCUGGAGAUCAGGCCAGUGUUGGAUCCUGUCUUACAACUGGCAAAGCCACUACUGAUGAAGAACUGGAGGAAAUGCUGGAUGGAGGAAACGCUGCAGUAUUCACAGCAGGAAUUAUGGACUCUGGGAUAUCAAAACAGGCACUAAGUGAGAUUGAGGCACGACACAAAUAUAUUAUGCGACUGGAGAGCAGCAUAAAAGAGUUGCAUGACAUGUUUGUGGACAUUGCAAUGCUGGUGGAGAAUCAGGGAAGCAUGAUUGACAGGAUUGAGAGCAACAUGGACCAGUCAGUGGGUUUUGUGGAAAGAGCUGUGGCUGACACCAAAAAGGCUGCCAAGUUCCAACAAGAAGCACGGAGGAAGAAAAUGAUGAUCAUGGUGUGUUGCACAAUUUUUUGGGUCAUCUGUGGUUCUCUGGUGUACAGCUGGCUGACAUAAACGCCAAGGUGAAGAGGUUGUCUACUUUUCCAAGUCAUGCUUUUAUAAAGAAUCAAGAGAAGCAACUUAGUGCUGAUGAACUCAAAACAUCCCUACACACACAACAUGUCUUCCAGUGCUUGUUCAUCUAAUUUCCCCACUUUUUUUGUCUUUUAUGUUUUUCCUGUCUUAUCAGUUGGCCUUGCACUGUUAGAGGCAUCACGGUAAAAUGUGAUAUGCAAGCUAUCUGUUCAUUUUAGGGCUGUGGUAUGAAAUAUUGCUUUUAUUUAAUUAAUUGUUUUCUAGGAACUUAUGAUAAACAAUACAUCUCUGCUGAAAAAAAUAAACAGCUAAAACCAGCUUAAGUUGGUUGGCUGGUUUUAACUGGUCGUCCAGCCUGGUUGGCCAGCUUAGUCCAAAUUAUUUUAAGUUUUUCAUUGAGGGUAAAUAUGGUUCUGUCUUUACUGACCAUUUGCUUAUUUAGUGUAGAUGAGUAGCACUUAGUUGAUUUAUUUCGUAUGUUUAGCUGGUAUUUUCUUUUAUGUACGUGAUAAUAGUAUAACUCUGUAUUCUGGAGACACUUGAGUUUAACUCUACAGUAGUCUGGCUUGAGUUGUUUAGACUGAGUAAUUGUGAUUAAAAGACCGGUGUUGU